UUUUCAAAAGGAAAUAUUUUUAUCUUAACUCUAGGUGACAAAACACGACCACCUUCCUCAAGCCCCUCCAGUAUUAUACGGCGCACUUCCUCCCUGGACACACUUGCUGCUCCUUAUCUUGCUGGGCACUGGCCUCGUGAUAGUCAUGGGCAAGCUGCACCUUGUAUGAGGGACAAAGCUACACAGACAGAAAGUGCAUGGGCAGAAGAAUACUCAGAAAAGAAGAAAGGGUCUCACAAGCGCUCAGCAUCCUGGGGCAGUACAGAUCAACUUAAAGAGAUUGCAAAAUUACGUCAGCAGUUGCAGAGAAGUAAACACAGCAGUCGGCAUCAUCGAGAUAAAGAAAGACAGUCUCCAUUCCAUGGCAACCAUGCGGCUAUUAACCAGUGUCAGGCUCCUGUUCCAAAGAGUGCACUUAUUCCAGUAAUUCCCAUCACCAAAUCAACAGGCUCUCGGUUCCGAAACAGUGUGGAAGGAUUAAAUCAGGAGAUUGAAAUAAUAAUUAAAGAGACUGGAGAAAAGGAAGAGCAGCUUAUACCACAAGAUAUUCCAGAUGGCCACCGUGCCCCUCCCCCCCUGGUGCAGAGAAGUAGCAGCACACGCAGCAUCGACACGCAGACCCCUGGUGGGGCAGACAAGGGAAGCAACAACAGCAGCCGCUCUCAGUCUGUGUCCCCCACGUCGUUUCUCACCAUCUCCAACGAAGGUAGUGAGGAGAGUCCUUGCUCAGCUGACGACCUGCUUGGUGACCCUCGAGAUAAAGAGAAUGGGAACAACUCUCCUUUGCCCAAAUAUGCAACCUCACCAAAACCUAACAACAGUUACAUGUUCAAAAGGGAACCUCCUGAGGGCUGUGAAAGGGUCAAAGUCUUUGAGGAAUGCUCACCAAAACAGCUUCAUGAAAUCCCAGCUUUCUACUGUCCUGACAAAAACAAGGUGAAUUUCAUUCCGAAAAGCGGCUCUGCAUUCUGCCUUGUCAGCAUCCUCAAGCCUCUUCUUCCCACACCAGAUCUAACCCUCAAAGGCUCUGGCCACAGCCUGACAGUCACCACCGGCAUGACCACCACUCUGCUACAGCCUAUCGCUGUGGCUUCCCUGUCUGCAAACACGGAGCAAGACCGAGUCUCUCGAGGAACAAGUACAGUCAUUCCAUCAGCCUCUCUGCUCUCACCACCAGAACCAAUUGAAGAAGCGGAAGGGUAGGUCCCAGUGUUAUGUGGCCGUUGUUCUGGAAACUGAGAACCUCCACAGCUCACUUGACUGAGACAGCAUCUUAUGCUCCUGGUCAGCUGCGCUGAGCUCCACGCGACAGUGGGGCUUCUGGAAGAAAGGAGCCUGUCUGAUGGCUCUGCCCCUCAUGAAGGCCAACCUCAGUGCUUCACCUGCGUUGUCUUAAAGCACUGAUUAAAACAAAACAAGGUCUUACUCUUCACUUUUGGAGGCACAAUAUCACAUUGUUUUUUGUUUUCAAAUGAGACUCAUUUAAAAAACAUUAAAAAAAAAAAAAAGAAAAACAACAAAACCUGAUCCCGGUAACCAUGAUUCCUGAAGGGAGAAGUGAAUGAUGCUGCAAGAACCAUCUUUUAUAUGAAAAUGACUAUUUUAUAAUAUCACUGUCACAUUUUCUGAAACGUAGCAAACAGGAUGCUCAAACGAUUCUUUGGUGGCCUCUGUUUCUUGUUUCCCUUUCUAAAUAUGUGCUUUUCUCAGCUGAUUUCAGCAUUGGGACCAAAGGGAUUGUUGACGUUUUCCCAGCAAUCUUAAUCUCAUGACUAUGUUCUUCUCCCAAACAAGAAUUGAUAAAUAAAUGCAUUGAACAAGUAUAUAUAAAAAAAAGAUAAAAAGCAAUAUUCGUACCUUA